AUGGGUUUCUUUAGCAUUGCAUUGUACUACCUGAGAACUGUCUCAUGGGUUCUAAUUUUGAUGGUUGCUGCCGCAUAUGGUACUGUUGCAUCUGUGUUUUUGACAUUGAUAGGUAAGCAGCAUUUGGCUCAAUGGGCCACAGCAAGGUUCUAUUACUACGCAAUGUCAAUGCUUAUGGGUAUUGAUGUCAAGAUCAUCAAUGAGGAUGUUUUGAAAGGCAAGCCCUUCAUUGCAGUCUCCAAUCAUCAAUCUACCUUGGACAUAUUGUUUUUAGGUAGGAUCUUUCCUCAAGGAUGUACUGUUACGGCCAAGAAGUCAUUGAAAUAUGUUCCAUUUUUAGGAUGGUUCAUGGCAUUGAGUGGAACUUACUUCCUAGACAGAUCAAACAGGGAAAAGAGUGUUUCCACUUUAAAUAGAGGCUUGCAAAAUAUUAGAGAGAAGAAGAGAGCUCUGUGGAUUUUCCCAGAAGGUACAAGGUCAUACUCCACAACACCUAAGAUAUUACCAUUCAAGAAGGGUGCCUUCCAUUUAGCUCAACAAGGCCAGAUCCCAAUUGUUCCAGUGGUUAUCUCUAAUACUAGCACUAUUAUGUGCUCGAAAUAUAAUGUGUUUAACAGAGGUUGCAUAACGUGUAAGGUCUUGGACCCAAUUCCAACUAAAGAUUUGAAAAAAGAAGAAGUUGGUGAAUUGGCAGAAAAGGUAAGAAACAUGAUGGAAAAGGAAAUUAUGGACCUAGGUUACUCGAAGGCUAUUAAUGAUACGAACCUACCACCUGAAGCCAUUGAAUACAUGCAGAAGAAUAACAAGAAGCCAUCCUCUGUUGAAAGCACUACUGAGUAUGGCUCAAUAAAGAAGGAUGAAGCUACUGUAAUGGUUUCCUCUGGUAGUAAUUCUCAUUUGGAGCAAUUGAGUUGA